AUGACCGCACUUGUUGUCUACACAGGUUAUCUGAUCCCUCCAAGCAGGAUGCAUCCCUGGUUCAGUUGGCUGCGAUGGAUCAACCCCAUUCAGUAUGGUUUGGAGGGCUUGUUGGUCAACGAAUUCUACAAUCUUGAGAUCCAAUGCACGCCUCCUUAUAUUACCCCUGAUAUUCCCGGCGCUCAGGAACAAUACCAGUCUUGUGCCAUUCAAGGAAGCAGGCCAGGCUCGCUUACCGUUUCGGGCACUGACUAUGCAGAUGCCACCUUUGGCUAUAGACGUAGCCACCUGUGGCGCAAUUUCGGUAUCAUCAAAGGCAUGUUCGUUUUCUUUGUCUGUCUCACAGCCAUCGGUAUGGAGAGCCAGAAGUCUAACAAGGGAGGCGGUACAGUCACUAUCUUCAAGCAAGGACAGGUACCCAAAGCCAUUGAGAAGGAUAUGGAGACACAGCAGAAGCCCGGUGAUGAAGAAGCAGGCAAUAUCGAGGCUGCUGCCUCCAAUGAGAAGUAUGAAAGCGAGAGUUCGAGCGGCAAGCUGAGUGGCAUUGCGAAGAACGAAACGAUCUUUACGUUUCAGAACAUCACCUACACUAUUCCGUAUGAGAAGGGCGAACGCGCGCUCCUCAAGGAUGUGCAAGGCUUUGUACAGCCUGGAAAGCUGACAGCCCUGAUAGGUGCCUCUAGAUCUGGCAAGACCACCUUGUUGAGCACCCUGGCGCAGCGAAUUUGUUUUGGUGUGGUACAUGGCGACUUCCUCGUAGACGGCAAGCCCCUGCCAUCUUCGUUCCAGCGUUCAACAGGUUUCACCGAGCAGAUGGACAUCCACGAGUCGACCAGCAUAGAGAAAUAUGACUACUUUGAGACUGUCAUCGAUCUUCUCGAGAUGCGCGACAUUGCAGGCGCAGCUAUUGGUACUACAGAUUCUGGCUUGAAUCAAGAGCAACGGAAGAGGCUUGCUAUCGGGGUUGAGCUCGCCAGUAAGCCCGAACUCCUCAUGUUCCUCGAUGAGCCUACGUCUGGACUCGACUCAGGCGCUGCCUUUAGCAUUGUCCGUUUCCUUCGCAAGCUCGCCGACGCUGGCCAAGCUAUUCUUUGCACUAUCCAUCAGCCCAGUGCUGUCCUAUUCGAGAACUUUGACCAGCUUCUCUUGCUGAAGUCUGGUGGCCGCACAGUCUACUUUGGCGAUCUCGGCCACGACUCUCAGACUCUGAUCAAGUACCUGGAGAGCAACGGUGCAAAAAAGUGCAGGCCUAAGGGGAACACAGCUGAGUACACGCUUGAAGCCAUCGGUUUUGGCAAUCCUGAUUACAAGGGCGAGGACUGGGGCGAUGUGUGGGCGCGAUCCGAAGAGAACCAGAAGCUCGGCAGGGAUAUCCAGGACAUCGCAUCGAAGCGGAAGUCUGCAUCGCAGAACGAUGAGACAAAAGACGACCGACAAUAUGCCAUGCCAUACAUGACACAGUGGCUUGCAGUCGUGCACCGCAACUUCGUCGCCGUAUGGCGGGAUCCUGAUUAUGUAACUGGCAUCGUUACGCUCCACAUUGUCACUGGAUUGUUCAACGGCUUCACCUUCUGGAACUUGGGCCAAUUCCAGAUUGACAUGCAGUCUCGACUCUUCUCGGUCUUCAUGACCCUAACCAUCUCCCCGCCUCUGAUCCAGCAACUCCAACCCCGUUUUAUCAACAUCCGGUCGAUCUACGAGUCACGAGAAGGCAACGCCAAAAUCUACUCUGAGCUGCCCUACCGUAUUGUGACUGGUACCAUCUACUGGUGCUGCUGGUAUUUUCCGCCGGGCUUUCCCCGCGACACGUACACAGCUGCAAGCAUCUGGCUAUUCGUCAUGCUUUUCGAGGUCUUCUACCUUGGCCUUGGUCAAGCGAUUGCAUCUUUCGCUCCGAACGAGCUGCUCGCGUCACUAUUUGUGCCAUUGUUCUUCGCUUUCAUCGUCUCUCUCCGUGGUGUAGUCGUCCCCUACGCCGGCCUGCCCAGCUUCUGGCAGGCAUGGAUGUAUUGGCUCACACCCUUCAAAUACCUUCUCGAAGGGUUCCUUGCUCUGCUCACCCAGGGUCAGCAGAUCAGGUGCGACACUAACGAGCUGGCGAUCUUCCCUCCCCCACCUGGCCAAGACUUUCAGGCGUAUGCUGGGCAAUUCGCGCAGCAGUCAGACGGGUACGUGGAAGCGCAAGCCGACGGGACCUGUGGAUACUGCCAAUUCGCUACCGGUGAUGCGUUUGCAGCAAGUUUCAACGUGUUCCCGCAGAACAUCUGGCGGGACUUCGUCAUUAUGUGGGCGUACAUUUUCUUCAGCUUUGCACUUGUGUUUUUCUGCACUUAUCUGUACCUUGGCGGCAUGUGCAAGAUCAUUUCUGUUUUCAGAUCCUUAGCGAGGAAAGAGAAGGCGGCAAAGAAGAAGCAGCGGAGUGGUGAUGCAGCAUAG